UACACCUGAAUGCAGCAUACGUCAUAUGGUUACAACGACAUCUCCCCUACAACCCAGAAGAGAAGCGUUAACCACGUUUGGCAGUGUCUGUAAAAAGUGAUUAUCGGGUUCUGACCAAAUAAACUCUGUCAGUGAGUAAAACAGAGGAGCAGCAAAGGCGAACGAUCGACCGCUCGGCCCAAAAAAGCUGUGAUCCGCGGUAGCACAAACGCUGCUAAGUUCCAAGAAAACGCAGAUUGCAGUUUUUAUGGAGGCUGUUUUGAACUGCAAAUCAGAGGACUUGGAGGAUUACUACGGGUUAUUAGGCUGCGAUGAACUGUCGUCGACUGAACAGAUUCUUAAUGAAUACAAGAUCCGAGCCUUGGCGUGUCAUCCAGACAAACACCAAGACAACCCAAGCGCAGUGGCAGACUUUCAAAAGUUGCAGGAAGCCAAAGAGGUUUUAUGCAAUGAAACCAAAAGGAAAAACUAUGACCUUUGGGAAAGAAGCGGAGUCACUAUUCCAUACCGUGACUGGCAAGCCUUAAACAACUCUGUAAAAACUUCAAUGCACUGGGCUGUGAGAGAUAAGAAAGAACCAAUGUUAGAGGCCUCAAAAUCCGAAAUCCUAAACGCUUCCCAAAGUGAAGACCUUCGUUAUGACCAAAAAGCACCAGGGAAUUCUUCAUGUGGUGCCAUGCCAUCUUCAAGUGAUUGCUGCCAUCUGCGUUUCCGAUGGGCUGCAGAAUCGCCAUCUGGUCUACUGCAGAAGUUCAGAAAUUAUGAAAUCUAAAUUUAUUGUCACCCUAAUAGUAGUUAAGAGUGUGUGUUGUGUCUAGUUAUUAUUGUCCUGGGCCCAGUUAGCUAUUGUGUCAGAUAUAGUAAAUAUUGUCUUGCUGAAACUCCACUAAACAUCUUGAAGUAAACAGGAAAUUGUGAGAUGUAAAUGUAUAUGUACAUGUGAGUUAGAUACUUUACCUUUUUAGUACUUUACCUUGUUAGUGGGUAUAUUUGUUGGUUUAAUGUGCAUCAUGUGUUUUAGUCAAGUAUAUUGUUGGAUUAAAAACGUAUAAUUCAUUUUAUUUAUAAAGCUCUACACUUUGCAUUUGUGUGCAAAUCUCAAAGUGCUACAAAUAAAUAUAUAUAUUUGUAGCUAUAAAUCAAUCUUAAAAAUGUG